AAAAACACAGACAGCACGAGACAAUCAGCUGGAAAUUCGACGCUUGAAAGAAGCAGAGCAAAGUUUGAUAGAUGAGGCCUAGUGCAGCCAACGAGGUACUGGGGAGGGAAUGCCCCGCGCUGUUUAGCUUGCAGCGAGGCCCCCAGCAGCGUUCACCCAGAAAACGUAUAAAGCCUUCUCUGUUUACUCCAUCAGAUCCAACAACCCAAUACACCCAGAAGACCUCUAUACCAAACCUGCUCCAAGUCAAAUUCAACAGCUACACCACGCAAAAUGUCCACAAUCCCCUCCCUCUCCUCCCUCCCCUCCAACCCCAAAGUCAUCUCCCCCACCACCCUCGCCCACGUCGUCCUCCAAACGCCGCAGCUAGAAAAAAUGCGCCACUUCUACACCACCUUCCUCGGCGGCCACGUCGUCCACUCCGCCCCCUUCCUGGUCUUCAUAACCUACGACGAAGAACACCACCGCAUCGCCCUGCUCUCCCAGCCGCACAUCACCGCCAAAGCCCCCUCCACCGCCGGCCUACACCACAUCGCCUUCACCUUCCCCAACCUCUCCGCCCUGCUCACGGCCUACAUGCAGCGCAAGAAGCAUGGCAUCGAGCCGGCCUGGUGUGUUAAUCAUGGCCCGACGAGCAGCAUUUAUUACAAAGAUCCUGAUGGCAAUUCGAUUGAGACGCAGGUGGAUAAUUUCGAGAGGGUGGAGGAUGCCACGGAGUAUAUGAAGGGUCCGGCGUUUGAGAAGAAUCCGAUAGGUGUGGCGUUUGUGCCUGAGGAGUGGAUUGAGCGGUUGCGCAAUGGGGAGAGCGAAGAGGCGUUGAUGCAGAGGGAUGAUAAGGAUUUGGAGAGGACACUCCUGGAGGGGGAUGUGAUUGUGUGAUUUAAUGGGAGGUUUUGUAGCGCGGAGGAGAAAUUUGAGAGCCGUUUUCUACGUGCUUGGUGCUGGCGCUUCUGGCUCUCUACUGUAUGCGACUCUGUGGUGCAUUGUUAGCAAUUGCCCUCGUUCUAGACUUGCAGAGGACGAAGGGGGACUC